CGCACGUUUUAUUUGAAGUGAAGUUGAAUUAAUUUUAUGUUUUAAAUUUACUAUUUUAUAUUUUUAAUUUAUAUAAUAUUAUUUAUGGACGUUUUUAUGUUUCUUUAAUAAGUAUGUCAGCAGACAUCACGCAAUUUUUACAAGAGCAAAAACUGUUGAUUUUACAGGACAAGAAAAGAUUAGGACUAUUAAAUGACGAUAACGAGAACAAUAAUCUUAAAUUGAACGAGAAGGAAAAAUGUGAUAACGAUGGUACAUGGAACAAUAACUGCGAACAAUCACUGGAAGAAGAUAAAGAAAAUGUUCAGUUAAAUUCCAAUUGUGUCUUAGUACAAAACGAAAACGAAACUCUGCCAUUUGUCGAACCACUCGAUUUAACUAGUAAAAGUGAUAGUAACGACGUUAUAUUAGAAGACAAAAAACAAGCUUUUAUUAAUAAACUUGUUAGUUCUGAGAUUCCACUUACUGAUAGAUCGGAUGAUUGCGUUAAAAGUGCGAUGUUGCGUUAUGGCGAGUAUAGCCCUAACAAUCCGCAACUAAGAGUCACUGCCGCUCCUUACUUGGGUCUCGGGGAAUAUGAACAAAGGAGAAAUUACUUCCUACAGAAACAGAGGGCUGAUUAUUUGACGCAUCUUGCAAAGAUUCAGUAUGACUUGCAAUAUCAAAAAACUCCAGAAAAGGAGCUGAGCCCUUAUCCCAUUAGCGAGGAUUAUUUUAAGAAAAACAAUCGAACCUUAGCGCCAUUUAGAGUAGACCAGAGGUUAACUAGUGCUCAAAAUGCCUUAUUAAAGAGUGAAAUGGACAAGCCGAAAAGUAUUCUGUCGAAUAGAAAGACGGGAAGCCCUAGAGAGAGGCUGAUGUCUGACUUGUAUAGUUCCAGUUUUACAGACGGUUUUGUUUAUAGAGAAUCACGCUCCGACGAAUUAGAGAGGGAGCGACUUAAAAGGGACGCGUACCAGCGAGAGUUGCGACUUCAGAUCGAAGAGAAAAGAAGAUUGCAACAGAUGCGAGAAGAACAGGAAAGACGAGAACGGGAUUUGGAGAAUAAGCGGUUGGAACAGCAGUUGCUGCGAAUGCAAGAGGAGAGGAUGAUUGAGGACCAGUUAAGUGUUCAUAGACAGGAACAGAUGCGGAGGCAUAGCGAGGAUCUGUUGCGACGAAAGCAGGAGCUCCAAUCAACCAGGUACAGUUUUCGCAAACACGCCAAUUCCGAAUGCAGUAUUCGUAAUAAUCCUACCGAUAUUUCUUCCAAAUCACUCUCGCAUUAUUCGCCGCCAGUAUCUAGACGUAAUCCAUAUUCUUACAACAUUCCAUCCACAUCUGUGUUCCCGGAAUCAUCAUCGGCAAGAUAUAAUCCAAGCCGUUUCGACUGUUACAGUCGACGUGACACGUUGAAACGCAUGGACUCUCUUAAUUCAUAUGAACCUCCCACCAGACAUACCACGUUCAAUCGUUUUGAUUCGUUAAGUAGAAUAGAUUCUUUGGCGAAUCGCAUGGAAUCUAUGAGUCUGAGGGACGGUUACAGCGGGGAUGUACAACGUAGACAUAGUGCCACACAUCAGGAUCUUAGUCUGUUGAGAAGAAGUCCAAGAUUACAAAGAAGAAGUAAUUCCAGCAGGUUUGACGAUAAUCUGCCCGUGCCGUUAUUAAAAGCGCACUCGCCCGUUGCCAAAGAAUUAAAGAAUUCUGUACCGUUCAACAGUGCGAGACAGGGUUCAGAUGCAAUUAGACGACUGGAAGAUAGGUGGCAGAUUCCCGCCGUUCAAAAAAAUAUCCUGAAUCAUACGGAUUCUCUAGGUGGCCAAAACCGAAGUAUUUUAACACAGCUUGGUGCGAUUCGAAUGCAGCUUCAGCAAGAACAAUUACGGAUGGACGAAUCUUUGAGGAGACGAGGUAUUUCACAAUCUAAGGCUGUUGAUUUUCUUUGAAAAUAUUAAAUUUAAUAACCAAAAAAAGUUUACAUCGAGUUAAUUAAAAGUUUAUAAUAGUUAUUUUAUAUAUUGUUAGAAUUUGUCUUUAUAUUUAUAUUCAUUGAAUAGAUAGACAUGUUGAA